AUAUACAGACGUGAACAUCAGUCAUAAACAGUUGGUGAGCGUCAGAGAACCGGUCCAUCAGCAUGGGCUUGUACGCGGAAUCGUGGCUCACCGAGCUUUUCGUCGUCGUGUCGCUGGCAGUGGUGGCAGUGUACGUCUGGUUCUCCCACUCGUACAAGUACUGGCAGAAGAAGGGAGUGCCUUACCUGGAACCUCAGUUCCCCUUUGGCAAUGUAUACGAAAGUUUUGUGGGCAAGCGGUCUAUGCCAAUGGAUGUCACUGACGCAUACCGGAAGCUGAAAGGGAAUCGUUUCGGCGGAAUGUACUUCUUCAAUCGGCCGAGUCUGUUGAUAGUGGAUCCCGAUUUGAUCCGCACCAUCCUGGUUAAGGACUUCUGGAAGUUCCAGGAUAGAGGUAUACAGGUGGACGAGUCGGAGCCUCUGGCCAGGCACCUUUUCUUCCUGGGUGGCAACAAGUGGCGGAGACUGCGCGUUAAGCUGACGCCGACCUUCACGUCUGGGAAGAUGAGGAUGAUGUUCCAGACUAUGGUGGACUGUGGCCGUGAGAUGGCGGACAUUCUGGAGGAGCCUGCGUCACGAGGAGAGGUGAUGGAGAUGCGAGAGAUAGGCGCGCGCUACGCCACGGACAUCAUCGCAUCCGUCGCCUUCGGCAUCGAGGUAAACUGCCAGCGGAACCCGGAGGCCGCCUUCAGACAGUGGGGGCGCAAGAUCUUCCAGCCGAGUCUCCAGGCCACCAUUAACGCACUCGUCAACGCUAUAAAUCCCAGGCUAAUUUCGUUUUUCAAGCUACGCAGCAACGCAACAGAGAUAUCGCAUUAUUUCCGCAAGAUGGUGAGGGACACGGUGGCGUACAGGGAGGAGAACAACGUAACGAGGAAUGACUUCAUGCAGCUGCUCAUCCAGCUGAAGAACAAGGGGUGUGUGGACAGUGACAAGCCGGGGGUGCAGAAAGAGCACGAUGAAGACGACACAUGGAAGUUGUCAAUUGAUGACGUCGCUGCCCAGGCGUUUGUCUUCUUCGUAGCGGGCUUCGAGACCUCAUCAACCACGAUAAGCUUCGCUCUUCACGAGCUGGCUCAUCACAGUGACAUCCAGAAACGUCUCCAGGAGGAGAUCGACUCAGUUCUGAAGCAAAGUGAUGGACAAAUCACCUACGAUGUGAUCAACAGUAUGCACUACCUCGAUAAAGUAGUCUCAGAGACGCUGAGAAAAUAUCCACCAGUUGUUAUACUCAACAGGGAAAACAAUACUGAGUAUAAGAUCCCUGGCACUGAUAUAGUCCUGGAGAAAGGUACUAAGAUCUUGAUACCUGCGUAUGGUCUCCACCAUGACCCAGAGUACUUUCCAGACCCAGAACGCUUCGACCCUGAGAGGUUCUCUGAGGAGCAGAAGGCCCAGAGGCACCCCUACGUUUACUUGCCGUUUGGAGAAGGACCACGCAUCUGCAUAGGGAUGAGAUUUGGCCUGUUGCAAACGAAAGUUGGGCUUACGCACAUUCUCGCGAAGUAUAACAUAGAACCAUGCGAGAAGACCAUUCGAAAUCUCUCCUUCGAAUCCAGAGCGUUUAUCCUUACGCCAAAGGGUGGUAUCCAAUUGAGACUGAGCAAGAGGAACAAAGUAUAGUGUUCAUCUACUAUGAUAGAACGUUUGACUAAUCAUUGUAAUUUAAAAACCUUCAAAACUGUACAUAUUGUGUAAUAGAUAUUUCGCUGUGUUUGUUGUCAUAUUCUUUCUAAUGUGUAGGAUAGAAUGAGAGACAACCAACUGUUGUAAUGAAUAAUUGUGCCAUAAUAACUCAUAGUCCAGACAUGAUAUCACAAUUACAUAGGUGACUGAACAAGCACAUGUACGAAAUUCUACUAGAGGCUAUUUUGAAAUGAGUACUAAGGGCAGAAUAUGUCAUCCACAGUUUCUAAAUUUAAUUACAAUAAAAUUAUGUCAACCAUCUUUUCCAUGACUUUUCGUUUGAUAUCACUUGUUUCAAUCUUCUUAAGAUAUAGAGGUCUUCUCAUAUAGCAUCAUUACAUCUCUUGAUAUAAGAAUGUGAUAAAUUGGUAGCAAAGCAGUAAAACUGCCUCUGAAGAUCAUUAUUUUAGCCACUACUUUCAUUUCCACUCUUGAUCACAGCUUACCAACCAUUAAAUCUCAAAACCUACAUGACAUGUACCAUAGACAAUUAUGAGUGUCAUUACUUUCACCAUUACUAUCAUCAUUCUCAUGCAAUGUAUCAUCGUACUGAGUAGUAUAAAUUUUGCUUCAGUUUAGAUGUUUAAAAGAGUUUUUAUUAAUAUUCUAAAAUAAGUUUUGUAGUGAGUAAUUUUGCUCCAUUUUCUGGAAGACAGACUGGACAGAAUUAAUAAAAGCAAUGUAGAACCAUAUAAA